UCAAGUCGCUCACGUUGCUCCCCUUCUGGCGUUCCUACCUGUGGCUGUGUACAGCUGUCAUGGACCACAUUAAGGAUGGCUGGUUUACGGAGUCCUGCGCUAUGUGGCCGGGCCAGGCGAUGAGCCUGCAGGUAGAGGAGGUUCUCUACCACAAGAAGUCCAAAUUUCAAGAUGUUAUGGUUUUCAAGAGUAAAACUUAUGGAAACGUGUUGGUGCUGGAUGGGGUAAUACAGUGCACGGAGAGGGAUGAGUUCGCCUAUCAGGAAAUGAUAGCCAACCUUCCUCUAUGCAGCCACCCGGGCCCCAAGAAGGUGCUGAUCAUCGGUGGGGGAGACGGGGGCGUGUUGAGGGAGGUGGUGAAGCAUCCUCUGGUGGAGUCUGUGGUUCUCUGUGAGAUAGAUGAGGAUGUCAUCGAAGUAUCAAAAAAGUACCUCCCAGGAAUGGCCAAAGGAUUUUUCAGUCCCAAGCUCACCCUCCACCUUGGCGAUGGCUUUGAAUUCAUGAAGAAAAACCAGGAUGCCUUUGACAUCAUUAUAACCGACUCCUCAGAUCCAGUCGGACCUGCUGAGAGUCUGUUUAAGGAGUCGUACUAUCAGCUUAUGAAAGCAGCUUUGAGAAGCGGCGGCAUCAUUUGCUCCCAGGGAGAGUGUCAAUGGCUCCAUUUGGAACUGAUAAAGGAGAUGCAAACCUUCUGCAAGACACUUUUCCCUGUGGUGGACUAUGCUUACAGCACCAUCCCCACUUAUCCCAGUGGCCAAAUUGGAUUUAUGCUUUGCAGUAAAAAUCCUGAAACCAACUUCAGGGAACCAGUGAAAGCCCUCACUAAAGAAGACAUGGAAAGUCUGAACCUUAAGUAUUACAACCCUGAUAUUCACAAAGCAUCCUUCGUCCUCCCUGAGUUUGCCAGAAAGGUACUCAGUGAAGCAUGACCUGCAACGGCAGAUGUACUCCUCACCUGCCUGGCCCUCAGAACACAUAGAAAAUAGAACAAAAUUUCUAUCAUUGUUCCGUGAUGUUUUUCAACUCCUCCACAUAAGGUCAAUGUCAUUCAAGAGAAAUCACCUGGUAGGAACCUGCUGGAUCACUACCCUACCAGUGUUCCUCUCCUCCAGUCUUAAGAACUCUUUGUGUUUUUUCUUUUUCCUCUGGUUUAUAUCAAACUGUUUUUUUUUAAGAACCGUUUAAUAGGAUGAACUGACAGCUUUUAUUGUGAUAAAACCCUGACCUCAUUCUCCAACAGUGUACUGUCUGACUCAGUAUGUUACAUACCCUGUUGAUGUAUUUUGUGUUUAUUGGAUUCAUAUCCAUUUUUCUUUUGUGGAGGGGUCUGGUUUAUGUUCAUUGAAAAAUAUGCAGCAUCCGUAAACUGAACUGGACAUUCAGGUUGCCCAUCAUUCCGUAACAGAACAGACCUAUAGUGCCUGAUAUUAGUGCUUUCAUAAGGGGAAAAAAUAACUAUAGCAUCCUACGCUGUAGCCGUAGGGCCAGUGUUUGGAAAAUCUUAGAGAAUUACCAGUUUGAGAUAAAUAGAAACUUGAUGCAUAGCUUUGAUUGUCAUAAACAAACCUUUUGAUUGGGAGUUAGAAUGCCACGGAAAGAAAGGUUUGUAAUGAAGGUUCAGAAUACAAGAAAUUAAAAUCUUUUAAGAAUAAAUUCAUUAUGUACUUAAAUCUUGCAGAAUGAGGUAUUUAACCUUGAUUGGAUGGUUGGGUUUGUUGUAAACCAGUACUGCUAUUCCACCAUGCUGAUGAUCUCCCAUGUGGAAAUAUUUACCUGUUGAGACGUGAUCUUUGUUGAGCCAAGGAGUUGUAUAUGAAUAAUGAAUUUGUUUUUAUAAGAUGUAUGAACUGUAAUAAAUUAGUAACAUAAUCUUAA